AUGUCAAGGAGUUUAGUCGGAAGGGCCCUGAGGGCCAAGCCUUCGGUAUGGGAGCAGCCUGCAGGCUGCAUCGCGCAGCAGCAACGGAGCUUCAGCCAAACGCCCACCCAUCAAAUGCUGUCUCUCCCAGAUAACCAGGUCAUUUUUGACAAGACCUCGACCCCGGGUCUUGCCCCCAUUCUCGAAGAGAUCCAGUCCAGCAUCAUCCUCCCCUUCUACCUUCCGAUCCACCAGCGCAAGCGCGUUUUCUCCGAGAAGAUGAAGAAUAGCCUGCGUAGCGAUCCCGUCUACAUCGAGGUCGACGGCCACGAGCACAAAUUCUCCUUCAUCGACGAGGACUCCCUGCCUGCGUCUCGCGCCAUCACGUGGAAGGCCCUGCGUGCGAUGCAGACGGCCGAGGACUGGAACAACUUUGGUCGCUUGCUUUCUGGCAUGCGCACUGCAGGACGCCGGUACAGUGAGAUCGACUUCGUCAAGAUGAUUCGUCUUGCUGGCAUCAAGGGCCAGAUCUACACCAUUAUCGAGGCGGCGCGGCAGGUCCGGAAGACGGGACUGAAACUCGACACCUCGGAGAAGGUCAACGAGAUCCUGCACUUUGUACAGAUGCGGGCCGCGAACAGCGGCUGGGAAAAGGAAAAGACGGAGCAGGCACUGCGGUGGACUGAAAUGGUGCUUGAGAUGCUCGAGGACGAGAAGCACAUCCCCAAGAAGAACUCUGGCGUUGAGCCAAGCCAGCAGAUGCGCUGGCCGCUGCACAAGGACCCCCAGGUCCUGGGCGCCGCGCUGCACCUUUCCGCGGUGCUGGCUGUUAAGCACAACGAGGGCAAGGACGUCGACGGCAAGGUUGCGCGGUACGCGACUCAGAUCGUCAACAGGUGGCCCGUCGAUGCUGGCCUGCGACAGCUGCACCCCGAGGGUGCCUACGAGAACCGGACGAGCGGCGUCGCCUACCUGAUCAACAGCCGGACGCAAUACUUGGCCGCCGCAAGCCCAAUCCUUCACGGUCUGCUACUGGCCACUCGUGUUGUGGACCAGCCUACGGCUCAGAAGUUGCAGGCCAUCGCUAACAAGCUCGGUGUUGAGGUCAAGAAGGAGGUCGAGAACAACGCCUACCCUGCCGAGCGCGGCUUGGCGACCUACAGCACCCUAUUCGAGUCCGGCAAGUCCAACUAA